AUGAGUACUCAAAUAGAGAAUUUAAGUGCUCCAGGUUUCACUGAUCCAUCACAAACACUCUCUGGACCAAUUAUUGGAAUAAUUUAUCCGCCACCUGAAGUGAGAAAUAUUGUUGAUAAAACUGCUGGUUUUGUGGCCAGGAAUGGACCAGAAUUUGAAAGCAGAAUUCAUCAAAGUGAACAAGGAAAUAAAAAGUUUGGUUUCCUUAAUCCCGGCGAUCCUUAUCAUGCUUAUUAUCAGUUCAAAGUGAGAGAAUUCCGUGAAGGAAAUGUUAAGGACUUUGCCGUUCUUCCCGGUCUUCAGAAGUUAUCAGUGACCUCUGCAGCUCAACAAAAACAACAAGAAUUAUUGAAACAAGCAACCGAACAACAAUUUGUUCCAAAAGAACCGCCAGUUGAAUUUGAAUUCGUCGCUGAUCCACCUUCAAUCAGUGCCCUGGAUCUUGACAUUGUCAAGCUCACAGCACAAUUCGUGGCUCGUAACGGCCGUCAAUUUUUGACAAAUCUCAUGAAUCGUGAACAAAGAAACUUUCAAUUUGAUUUUUUACGUCCUCAACAUUCACUUUUCCAAUAUUUCACGAAGCUUCUUGAACAAUACACAAAAAUUCUAAUUCCACCAAAGGAUUUACUUGGAAAACUUCGUUUAGAAGCUGAUUCAGGGCGUGAUGGAACUAAUCACAUUCUUGAUCAAGUCAAAUACAGAGCAAAUUGGUUGAAGCAUCAAGAAGCUCAAAGACGUCGUGAAGAAGAAAAAAUUGAACGUGAACGCGUCGCUUACGCUCAAAUUGAUUGGCAUGACUUUGUUGUGGUUGAAGUUGUUGAAUAUCAACCUUAUGAGUCUGGAAACUUUCCAGCACCAACAACACCGGAUGAAGUUGGAGCUCGCGUUCUAAUGGAGCAACGUUUCCAUGAAGAUGAUAACGACAUUGAAAUGCAAAUUGAAUCGGACGACGAACUGCCUGAUCAACAAGUCCCAAUUCCACAUUCGAAUGUUAAGUUAACAGUUAUGGAGAAUCGUGUGAAAGACAACACUCAAGUACAAGAUAUGGAUGAAGAAUCAAGCGACGAUGACGCUAACAAACAACCAGCAGUCGCUCCCCUCAUGCCACCAACUCACGAUAAAGUUGUCGUUAAGAAAUACGAUCCAAAACAAGCACAGAAAAUUGCAAGACCAGUUCCAUCGAGUGACGAAUAUCUCAUCUCUCCAAUCACCGGUGAAAAGAUUCCAGCAUCGAAAGUCGCUGAACAUAUGCGAAUUGGAUUGUUGGAUUCACGUUGGGUCGAACAACGUGACAAACAUUUCGAGAAAGUACGUGAAGAAAAUGUUUAUGCGCCUGGUGCUGCAAUUGAAGCGAGUCUUAAGCAAUUGGCUGAACGUCGUACGGAUAUCUUCGGUGUUGGUGAUGAAGAAGCAGCAAUUGGUAAGAAGUUGGGAGAAGAGGAACCACGUAAAGAUGAUCGUGUGACUUGGGAUGGUCAUACAAGUAGUGUAGAAGCAGCGACACGGGCAGCAGCCAGAAAUGUUUCACUUGAAGAUCAAAUCCACCAGAUUCAUAAAGUUAAAGGGCUUUUACCUGAUGAAGAAAAAGAGAAAAUUGGACCGAAGCAAAUGUCGGGAAUUUCUGCACCACCAAAGCCUCCAAUCACAUCAGCACCGCAAGUUCAUCCUCCGAUAAAUAUUCCUGGACAAAUUGCACAUCAUUCAGCACCACCAAUGCCAAGCGUUCCACCACCGCCUGUCAUGAUGAACCCAAUGAUGAAUCCAAUGCGUGGAGGGCCGCCGUUAAGACCACCGCCAUUGAUUCCUCCUCCUGGCUUUCCUGUUGGUUUCCCAGGUGUUCCAGGAAUGCCACCAUUAGCUCCAGCUCCGCCUGUUAUGGAAAUACCUGACGAUGAACCUCAAAAUAAGAAAUCACGUCAAGAAGACAAUCUCAUCCCUGAAGAUGUUUUCAUGCAAUGUCACAAGAGCCCGGUAACGAUUCAAGUUCAAGUGCCGAGUGUCGGUGACAAACCAGAAUGGAAGUUGAAUGGACAAACGCUUUCUAUUAACAUUGGACUUGGAGACACGAUUCAACGUCUUAAACAGAAAGUUCAAGAAGAAACUGAAAUGCCUCCAGCUAAACAAAAGAUUUCUCACGAUGGAAUCUUCUUUAAAGACAACAACACUGUCGCUUUCUAUAAUUUAUUGUCAGGUGUCACAGUCCACUUGCAAGUUAAAGAGCGUGGUGGUCGUAAAAAAUAAAUUUCAAGUUUAAUAAUUUCAUCUGAAAGAAUAAAAAUUUAAUAAAAAUCUUCAAUUGAUUAUUUU